UGAAGUGUCAUUAAUGUCAGGCGUCAGCUGUUGUAAUUGUGUUAAUUGCCUUUGUUUUUUUUAAACAUUUUAUCAGUUUGGUGGUUAAAGAGCAUUGAGAUUUCAGUUCAACGACCAAUUUAUAACUAGUUAGAAGUAUCACAACGAAGUCUUUGAAUUAUAAGUGUUUGUACUCAUUCAAAAAAUGAAGGCAAAAACUGGACUUACAAGGUUCCACAACUGUUACAUUCUUCGUGAAAGUCAAAUUAUUAAAGAAGACCUACUUAUACGAGAGGGAAAAAUUGUGAGUCCAGAGGAAGUUUUUUAUGUUGAGCAGGUAGAACCUGAUGAAACUAUCGACUGUGAUAAUUUGCUUAUUGCUCCAGGAUUUAUUGAUAUACAAAUUAAUGGUGGAUGGGGAGUAGAUUUUUCUUAUGAUUCUGAAAGUGUUAAGGAGGGAGUUAAUAAAGUAGCAAAAGAAUUACUAAGCCAUGGAGUAACAUCGUUCUGUCCAACUAUGGUGACAUCGGAAAAGGAAAAGUAUUCAAAAAUAUUACCAAAAAUUCAGAAAACCCAAGGAAGUAAAGAUGGUGCAACUGUUCUUGGUGUCCAUCUAGAAGGCCCAUUUAUAAGUCUCGCAAAAAAAGGUGCACACUCGCCAGAACUCAUUAAAAAUCCAGAAAAGGGUAUUGAUUCAAUCCUUGAAGUAUAUGGAACAUUGGACAAUGUUGUAAUUGUAACCAUUGCCCCAGAACUGCCUGGAGCAUUGAAGGCUAUAAAAAGUUUAACUGAAAUGGGUAUAAAAGUAGCCCUCGGUCAUACAGAAGCAAGCCUAGCUCAAAGUGAAGAAGGUGUGAAGCAUGGGGCAAACUUAAUCACACAUUUGUUUAAUGCUAUGCUGCCAUUCCAUCAUCGUGACCCUGGCCUAGUUGGCUUGCUAGCAUCAUCCACAGAAAAGCAAGUAUACUAUGGAAUAAUAUCUGAUGGCAUCCAUACUCACCCCGCAGCACUAAGAAUCGCGUGUCGAACCAAUCCUGAAGGGUUAGUACUAGUGAGCGACGCAGUAGCCGCCCAAGGAUUACCAAAUGGAACCUUCCGAAUCGGCCCUCAAACUGUUAGUGUAGAAAAUGGUUGGGCUUAUGUAGCCGGUACUAAGACCUUAUGUGGCAGCACUAUGGCAUUGGACCAAUGUAUCAAAACCUUUAAAAAAGCUACGGACUGCUCUCUCGAAUAUUCAUUAGAAGCUGCAUCCUUACAUCCCGCCAAAGCAUUAGGAAUUGACGAUAGUAAGGGAAAAUUAAAUUUCGGCUAUGAUGCAGACUUCGUAUUUUUACAUUCCAAAACAUUGAAAGUUAUGUCUACUUGGAUUGCUGGAGAAUGUGUUUAUAAAGCUCCUUAAUCUAUGCAUUUAUUAUAUUGUUACCAUUUUGUGAUAUAAGAAUACUUGCACUAAGUGCAUCAUUUAUUUUACUUUAUUAUAUUUUAUUAUACAUUUUUAAAACAA